CACCCAGCCGCUCCUCCUACUCUUCAUCCUCCUCCUCCUCCUCCGAGAGCCGGUAGACGGACAACACACAGACAAACUAGGAUCAUUAAACCCGUCUCUCUUCGGUACCAACGUGGUUUCUAUCAGAGAUCUCUAACAGGAGUUAUGUUGUCUGUGUGAAGCUAACAGGAUGCCUCAGAAAGACACGCUGCUCAACCUGUUCGCCGGCGGAUGUAGUGGUACGGUGGGAGCCAUCGUGACCUGCCCCCUGGAGGUGUUGAAGACACGGUUGCAGUCCUCUGGCCUCACCCUCCGACCCGUCUUCCAGGUCCAGCUGGGCACCCUAAGCGGCACUGGAGUUAUCCGACCGGGUACGGGUACUACUGUUUCACCGGGGCUGCUGCAGGUUCUACGAUCGAUUUUAGAAAAAGAGGGACCAAGAUCACUUUUCCGUGGUCUGGGGCCGAACCUUGUUGGCGUGGCCCCCUCAAGAGCCAUUUACUUUGCUGCAUACUCGAAAUCUAAAGAGACGUUCAAUGGGCUGUUCGUCCCUAAUAGUGGAGUGGUGCACAUGUCCUCUGCUGGUGUUGCAGCUUUCGUCACGAACUCUCUGAUGAACCCCAUCUGGAUGGUCAAGACUAGGAUGCAGCUGGAGAAAAAAGCCAAAGGAGAGAAGAAGAUGAACGCGCUGCAGUGCGCCCGCUAUGUUUACAGCACAGAAGGGAUUCGGGGCUUCUACCGAGGCCUCACCGCGUCUUAUGCCGGCAUCUCGGAGACCAUGAUCUGCUUCCUCAUCUACGAGACACUGAAGAAACACCUCGCCAAGAGCCAGUUCGCCUCCCCGAAUGGUGAAAAGGAGAAAGGAGCGUCGGACUUCCUGCGUCUGAUGAUGGCAGCUGCUUUUUCAAAGGGUUGCGCGUCCUGCAUAGCUUAUCCACACGAGGUCAUUCGGACAAGGCUGCGUGAGGAAGGCAGCAAGUACAAGUAUUUCUUCCAGACGGGGAGGUUAAUAGCGGUGGAGGAAGGCUAUGCAGCUUUUUAUAGAGGACUCAUUCCACAGCUAAUUAGACAAAUCCCCAACACAGCCAUCGUCCUCUCCACGUAUGAACUCAUUGUCCACCUGCUGGGAGAAUCCAAGUGAAGGAAAUGCUUGAAAGUUGGGAUCCUGGAUGCCACAAAAAACACAAAACCACUGGGCGAAAGAGACUUUUGAAAAAUGCAGUACAUACAUUUAAUUAAAUGUGGUGCUACAGAGACUUUUCUGGUGGAACAGAAGCCGGUUGGACUUGUUAUCCAAAGAGCUAAAACACAUUAUUUUAUUGAAAGCUUGUCGUUUAUCGGAGUUUAUAAAAAUAACUGAAGUUCUAGUACUUCUUAAAACUCCAAAAACCUGUGAAAAAAGGGUCAUCUUCGUAGAGGACUAGUGUUAAGUUAACUAAAUUAUUUCACGUUUUGUUAUUUUAUGACAGUGUUUGUUUCCUUUUAUCAGUGGUAAAUGUACUGACACACAUGACUGCGCAGGUUUUAGUUAAUGAAGGGAAGUAAUUCACAUGAAGUGCUAGUUAAUAGUGCUGUUCCUUGCGAUCCAAUGACCACACCUCAUUUUUCUGUUUCAUACAUACAAUGUGCUGGUUUUUGAAGUUUGAAUUACAGAGAAAUGUAUCAUAUUUUUCAUUAAUAUAUUAUAAUUAUAUACAGGCUUAUCUGUAUGUUUUCUUUGUUGGAGAAAAAAAAAGUCACCUUUUACGAUAUAAUGAGAUGCUUAUUUGACCAAUGGCUCAAUAAAAAUGCAUCAAGAAUCAGUUGGUGGUUCUCGCGAAUACUGAAGAAAUGAUUCUGCUAAUACACAAAUCUACCUUUUACUGUGAUGAAAGCACAAGCACAGAAGAGCAGGGUUGUUGCACUGUCAAGUUGGCAAAAUCAAGAUACGUGAGGGACUAAUAGCUGGUUCUGUUCUGAAGUCCAAAUAUUCUGUUGAAUUCAUUUAUUUGGGAAUAUCUAGCUGGUGUUUGACAGCAAGAUUUGGCUCAAAAUACAUUUGAAAUAAGGUGUCUUCAGUCAGAGCUCUCUUUAAGUUAAUUUUAUAAAUCUAAAUUUCUGCAGCCCUAAAGUGUACAGUAAAGGCUCUCCUUUUGUUGAUGCUAUGACUGAACAUCAAGAUGUGUUUUCUAAUCGUUUUCGUCCAUGUACUGAAAGAGUUGCUGAGAGUGAAUACCUGCUUCGCAUACAGUCACGGAUCUGAACAAACAAAGUCUUCCACGUACAUAUCAUGCCUAUAAAAAAAGUAUUCACACCCCC